AUACUAAAGUCAGCGUGAUAGAUUAUGUUGUUGUGACACGAGAUUCAAGCUCUACCCCUUUCACACACUUACCAGUCCUCUUGUGAAAGCACAUCCUCUCCCACCUGUGGCAUUUGAGCGAUAGUGAUCAGUGUGAGAAGACUGACUGAAACCUCCCUCCCUCAGUCUACAUUAAGAACGUUUCAGGGCAGCAUAACUCGAUCAAGACCUCUCUGGGCUGAGCUGAUGUAUGGACCAUCUGGUGUGAUGGACUGGUGCUCUCCACCGAGGAUGAAGCUGAUGACCGUGUUUCUGAUUGUGUCUACCAACAUUGUCUGUCUGCAUGGAAAUCCUGUCACAGAUGUAAAGCACAGUCUUCGCUGCGUCAACGACUACCUUUUAACCAUCAACUGCUCCCUGAGCAUCACCCCGUCAGCGCACACCUCAGGCAACAAUAGCUCGUACUGGCUCACUUUCACAGAAACAUUUGAACUAGAGGAAUUUGUGUGUACGCUGACUAACACCAAAGAGGACUACUUCUGUUCUGUCAAAAAGCCCAUUCUAGUGCCCGAUCACCAUUAUGCAGAGACCUUUGUGGAUUUAGACACCUUUGAAAUCUCACUCUGCCACAACCAAAGUAUUGGGUCUGAAACCUGUGAGGUGCUGGAUGAAGAAUACACACCUGUGACAAACAUUAAACCAAACUCACCGUGCUGCCUCACAGUCAGCCACAACUCAAGUCAACACCACUUCACCUGGAAAAGUACCUACGAGGCAUAUAGUCCUUUCACCGGUCUGGUUGAUAACCUGAAGUAUCAGCUUGAUUACUACAAAAGAGGAGACAAGCAUAAUGUGAUAUCAUGUGAAAUUAAUACCAACAGCAUGAGCUUUUCUGUGGAUGAUGAAAAACUCGUACCAGACAGUGAAUAUGCUGCCAGAGUGCGGUCCAGUCCUAAUCAGGCUUUUUACAAGGGAAACUGGAGCGACUGGUCCUCUGAGUUUCACUGGAAGACUCCAAAACAACCAGCUGAGAAAGCAGGACUGGCCCAAGUGUUCAUCCCCUUAUGCGUGAUGGUGCCGCUUGUCUUACUUCUGUGCUACGUUCCAGUUAAAAAAUGGAGGCAAAGUGCCUUCAUACCAACACCGGCACCCUAUUUCCACACCCUGUACAAUGAAUGCCAGGGAGAUUUCAAGAGUUGGGUAGUCACACUUGGUAAAACGGCUGACGUGCUGGAGGCAGAGGAAACACUCCAAAUCGACACACUGACCAAAUGCACAGAAAUCCAGAAAGACUGUCAGCCCCAGUUUCACCACCAAUUAUCAGAGGGCAGUACGUACACCAAUGUAUCUGACCCAGGCUGCGAUACCUUUCUCAUGGGCACCCCGUAUGCCGUGAGCACCAUGGCUCCUCCAUCAGCUGCAGGGAGCUCACUGAACAGCCUGAUCCUCAGCUCACAGUCAGGGAGCCCUGCUGAGGGAGACUCGGGGUGCUGGCUCUGCAGCCCCACAUCCCUGGGGAGGGACCAACCCUUUUACUGUAAUGAGUACUGCACCCUGAGCGCCUUCCAGCAGAGCAGUCCAGACACCGCAGAGCACCACAGGAGCCUGUAAAUGAAAUCCUGCCUCACAGGGAUGAUCGGCGUGGAUGCCAUCACCGAAGCAUAAGCUGUGUGUGCAUUUGUAUGUAGUAAUUACACAGUAAAAUAGUUUGAAGUUGAAUUUUACAUAAUGUUGGGCCUAAAAAUUUGAAUUUACAAAUAAACAAAGGGAAACGUAAUGCAUCAAAACACUCCAACUGCUUUAAAUGAGACAACUACAGUAAAUGAUAUUUGUGUUGACAGUGCAUAGAGAUAUUUGACCUUUGUUGUUAUGUAGGGACCUCUUUUAUUUGUAAACUCUUUCCAUAGCAUUAUGCAUAAUAGACAAUAUUAAUUGUAUCAAUUCUUGCUU